AGUUCAAAGCGUUUCCAAGACGCCGGUAUCUCGUAGGACUACUGUAGGGUCCUUCUUGAAAAAUUAAAUCGGACAUGAACAUAUCAAGAAAAAAAUGAAGGCUGUGGCAGGUCUAAUUCACGGAUUGUCUUAUUGCAGAUUAAUGGCAACGAAGUCAGCCAUGUUGAGACAUUGGACCGGUUUUGGUGAUGCGAUCAUUAGGUCCAACGCAGGCUCGUCAACUAAGUCUAAAGUUGCGAAACGACACUUCUCGGUGUUGACUUGUGGAAGGCCUACUUGUUCGUCAGAAAAUGUACUGAGUGUCAUGAAAAGAACUCACAAUCAGUACAGAAACGAUUACAGGAUGACUUCUUUGUCCAGAAUGUCGGUGGCCAUGAGAAGAUAUUCGAAAAAACCUAAUUUUUUGUCGAUUCCUCACGUUUUAAUGCCAAACUUUCCAGUGGCUGUGUUUCCAACAUUUAGUCAGAUUCUGAAUCCAUAUGUCAAAGGGGCGAAAGAAAAGAAGACCCUUAAUAGUGUGGAUAAAGAUUUCGUGUUUGAAGAUUUUCUUACAAAUGCUAAUAAGGGAAUAUUUACAGUAGCAAAGUUACUGACUUUAGGAAAAGUAUCAGAUUUAGAGGAACUCCUCACUCCAAAAGCCUUCAGAAUGAUAGUUAUGAACUAUGACAAGUUGACAACGGAGCAUCACAGGCUUUUAGACUCCAUGAAUCAAACAAGUCCUGCAGCUGUCUACCAGUAUCACCAUGUCCAGGCUGUGAUUGAUCUGGCUGAGAAUGAACCAGUUGUGACAGUGAAGCUGCAGUUCAUGGUUUCAUUUUUCAACAUUUUUGUAGAAGAGAAAAAAAUCAUGGAAGUCGCCUUAAAUACUGCAGGGUUUGAGAGACUGUACACCUCCAAUGUGGAUUUCUUAGAAUUAUCAGCGAGGUCCAAGGGUGAAGAUGUCAAAAAAAGAAUUAUGUCGGAUCUGGCUUCUUUAAACUGUAAAUCUGACAACUAUUGGAAAAUUUUCGGCAUCACAUUUGGCAAUAUUCACAGGAAAGACUUCAAACUGAUGUUAGUUUGAUGUUGAUGUUUUUUUAUGGAUGAAUAUAAUAUGGUAAAUAAGAAAUUAAAGAAAUUAUUGAAGCAAUAA